AUGUCUUACAGGGAUUUAUUUAAGUUCACUGAAGUCAUGCGAUCAUUAGGAUAUCAUCAACAAAUAUCUAUGGAUAGCUUCCAUAGUCCAAAUUUUAGUCUGGUAUCUGAAAUUUUGUUUUGGCUAGCUAUGCGUUUUGAACCUGACACUAAUUUACCACAAGAAAUUGAAACACCUGAACAACGAGUUUAUUUCAUUCGAUCGAUUGUAGAAUUUUUUGUUCUUAAGACCAAUGUCAAGUUAAAUGUAAAGAAACUAUAUCAAGCAGAUCGAAAUGCAGUAGGUGAACUAUUAAAAAUAACUGAAUUACUUAACGAUGCAUUAAAUACAAAACAAACUUACGAGGAUGAAGGUUUUACCAAAUUGGAAAUUAACUUAACUUACAAAGCCAAUGAGCUAAAAACCACAAGAGAAUUGGCAUCAAAAAUUACUCAAAAAGGUGCAGCUUUAUUUCGUUCUUUGGAAGAAGAAAGCGAACUACGGCCAAUCAGAGAUAGUCGAGUUAAUGCUGCAUUGGAUAUAAAUGAAGUUGAACAAAGCCUUAAGACACUAAUUCAGAAAACAAAAAAAGAAACUGAACACACUACAAAUUUAAUAAAAAAUAUUUCAGCAACCGAAGCUAACCUGGAUGCAAAAAUUGCAAAACGGCGAGAAGAUUUAGAAAGAAAUUCAAAGAGACUUCAAACUUUGAAACAAGUGAGACCAGCAUUCUUAGAAGAAUUUGAAGACUUAGAAUCUGAACUAAGAAAUUUAUAUCAAGAAUAUAUUACAAGACAAAGAUGUAUAAGUUACUUAGAGCAUCAACAAGAACAGGUCGCUCAGGCCGAACUAAUACACAUACAAGAACAACAGGAAAUGGCAAAAAAAAUUAUUGAAAAUAAUAAACAAGAUGAUGAUUUAAAACUAUUGGAAGAAGUUAAUAAUGAACCGUAUAACAGCCAAUUUUUAGAAAAUACUCCAGACAUUAGUAUUAAAGGAAGAGUUAGCAGUGCAGCUACAAGUAGAAACCGUGGUAUGUUUGGCCGCUUAUCAGACAGUGAAACCGAUUCUGAUUUAAUGUUAGACGAUGAAGAAGAUUCCAAUAUAAUGGCAUCCGAUGGAGAACUAUCAACUUCUAGAGCUGAAAAACUAGGAAGUAUUCAUAGUGAUAGUGUAGAUAGCGACAAUUGA